AUCCUCUUCCCAUUCCUUUUUAUAUUUUAAUUACAAACCUACCCUUUCCUUUUUAUUUAAUACAAAUUUAUCAUCACCAUUAUCAUCAAGAUGCAAUUUAGACUUGCUUCUCUUCUAUUCUUUGUGUUUGCAUUGUGUACGUUCACUGCCUCUGCUUUACCCUCUGGUUCCCCUAUCAAUGGUGAAACUGUCUCUUUGAACGAAAAGGAUCUUGAACCUGCUACUUUUGCUGAACAUCUCUCUGGUGAAUUGACCAAACGUACUAAUUUCCCUGUUGUCGGUGAUGCCAAGCUUGCUGCUAAGAUCAUGGUUGCUGUCAAGGCAAAGGUUAAGGCUGAUGUUGUUGCAAAGAUUUCUGCUUCUGUUUCUGAAAAAGUCAAGGCUUCUUUGGAUAUUAAGCUCAAGGCUCUUGGUGGAAUCAUUUCCGUUGGUGAUGCUAAGAUCAGUGCUAUUCAAUCUGCUGCUAUUAAGAAAGUCCAAGCCAAACUCGAAGCUUCUAUUCAAGCUGAAUUGGAUGCUCAAGUCUACGCAUCUAUCGAAGCUGAUCUCCUCAAGGCUCUCAAGAAACACAAGAAGUGCUCUGAAGCCGAUUUGUUGAAGAUUUUGAUUGAUUUGGAAGCCAAGUUGAUUGCCAAGCUUAAGGUCAAAUUGCCCACUAUCUGUGCUAAUCUCAAGGCUACCAUCAAAGCUUCCGUUGACGCUUGCAUCAAGGAUUUGGAAAUCAACAUUCCUUUACUUUUGUCCGUCAAGAUUAGUUCCAGCUUCAAGCUCGAUGUGGCUGUCAAGGCAUGUGUUGAUUUGGCUGCCAAGGUCUGUGCUGAUUUGGAUGCAAAGGUUUGCGCAAAGGCUAUUCUCAAACUCCUUUAAACCCCCUACUCCCCCUUCCCCUCUUUUUUAAUUAGUACUAGUAGAUUUCAUACAGUAGUUUAUUGUUCUACCAAUUUUUUUUCUUUUACUCUUCCAUUGUUAUUUUAUUCAUUGAUAUAAUAAACUAAUACACUGUUGUAUUCUUUAGACUUUU